AUGGAAAAAUCUUUAGAAACCGCUAAUGUUAAAAAUUUUGAAAAAAAAAAGGAGAAAAAAAUAAAUGAGGAAGAAAUUUAUAAUGAGGCACGAAAUGAAGAAAGUAUAAAUGAAAACACAAAUAGUAAAAAUAUAGCAAGUGAAGAACAAUCGAAUGUAACUAUAUCUGAUAAUAAUUCUCAAAAUGUAGAAAAAAAACUGUUAUCUAAUAACCUCAUUAAAAAAUUCAAAGUAAAAAUUGACACAAAUGAAGAAAUAAAUAUUUUAAGUAAGAAUGAAUCAUUAUCAAGUAAUGAAAAAAAAAAUGUUACUUUAAAAGAAUACAAUGUUCAGGUAGAAGUAAAUAAUAAUAAAAUUGAUAAAAAUGAAAUAAAUAUAUCAUUAGUUAACAAUAAAGAUGAAAAAUAUGAAAAUACGAUAAGAAAUAAUAAAAGAAAGAUUAAUGAUGAAACCAAAGAAUUAACUCCCAAAAAAUUAAAAAUUGAAAACAUUGAAAAUGGUUGUGAAUUAAGUUUACCAGCUAAAAUAAAUAGUAGUAUUUUUUAUAGUGAAAAUAAUAUACAAUCAUAUAUGAGGAAAAUAAAAAAUAAUUUUAAAUUAUAUUGGAAAGAAUGUGAUUACCAUUUAAAAGAAUUGCAAAAAAAUUUUAUGGAAAAUGAGAAAUUAAUCAAGGAUAUCAUUUGUGAAAAUAGUAAUGUAAUAAAUAACAAAUAUAUAGAUAAUGAAAUGGAAGAAAAAAUGAAAACAAAAAUAGAAAGAAAAAGAAAAAUAUUGAGUAACAUUAUGAACAUAAGAUUGAUUUAUAGGAUUAUUGAGAUGUAUUUAUUUACUAUGAGACAAUUUUCUUAUUUAUUAAAAGAAAUUAAUGAUUAUAUUUGUCUUAUUUUAGACGAACAUAAAAUAAUGAAAAAUAAUUAUGAAAUGGUAAUUGGAAAUUUAUUGAAAUUCGAAGCAAAAAAUUAUGAAGACGUAAAAUAUACAAUAGAAAAAAAAAUUUUACGUAUGCAAGAAUUUUUUAAAAACAAAAAUGAAAGUAUAUAUUCAAGAGAUGAGUUUUCUUAUUUAUAUACUUUGAAAUGCUUACAACAUGAAAUCUCAGAACGUGUUGAUGCGAAAACUGAUUUACGAUUGUUAAUGAUAAAGAAGAGAGAAUAUUCUGAAAAGUUUAUGAAAGAAAACCAAAGAAAAAUUAUUUCAUUUGAUAAAUUAUCGUCAUUUAAAAAAAGUAUUAAAUGUAUUAUUGAUAAGUAUAGCUCAUUAGAUAUAGAACUUUCAAAAUAUUUAUCAACUUUCUAUUAUAAAAUUUUUAAUCAUCAAAUUGAGUUGAACAUAAACAACGUUUCAAUUUUAAAUAAUAAAAAACCAUUUAAUUUUUUGUUUCCUUUUAAAGAUCAAAGUAAUAAUAAUGAUGUUUUUAAUUAUAUGAAUUAUGAUGCUAUUACUAAAAUCAGAAAAAAUAAUGGAAAUUCCCAUAAUUGUAAGGAAAUUCACAGUGAAUAUAUAGCUUUAAAAUUUUAUACAAAGGAUAAUUUUGAUAUUUCCAUUUUACCUGACUUAAAAUAUCUUAGUUAUUUAAAUGUAGAAAUAGAAAUAUCCUAUUUAUACAGUAGUGAUUGCUUAGUUGCAAAAACCAAUUCUAUCGAAUUCAUAGGUUUGCAUAAUGGACGUAAAUUAUUAUCGGAUAUUUACAGCAAUCAAGAUCAUUUUCUUCUAUUUUCUAAAGAUAUAAAUGAUUUCCAAAAUUUUAAAUAUGGUUUUCCUUUUUUAUGGCUGAAUGCAAUGGCAGAAAAACCAUAUGUAUUAGAUAUAGAAAAUGAAAUAUCUCAAAAAGAUGAAUCAAACAAAAAAAAUGAAAAUAAUAAUACAGAAAAUUUUCAGAAUAAUAAUUUUGAUAAAAAAAAGUUGUUAGAUAUAUAUAAUUGGCAUUUAAAUAGAACUUUAGAUAUAUCUGUUCUUUUUUCAAAAAUAUUUACAAGAAUUUUAUUUAGAAUAUGGGAUAUUUGGCAAAUUCGACAUUACAAAUAUUACCCAAAUGUUUUUCCUCCUUUUACCUAUGAAAAACAUCUUGAAGCUUUAAAGAAAAUUCAAUCAGUUUCAUUACAGCAGAUAUCCUAUUUUGAUAUAAUAACAGAAGAAUCCUAUUUAAAAGAGGAAACUGAAAAUAUUAAUGGAUGUGGCAAAGAUAAUAUAUAUGCCUGCUGCUUUAUUCAAUUAUAUGAAUCUUGUUUAGUAAAAGCAUUUAUUAGUAUUCCUUUCAAUGGAAAAGAACCUUAUUUUAGUGUAUUUUUAACAAAAAAAAAAUAUUCAAGAAGACUAAAAAAAUUGCAAGAUUAUUUGAACACAACAGUUGUAAAUAAGCAUUCUAAAGUUGAAGAUACGCAAAGACAAAUUAUAUUAACUUUACAACUAGCAAAAUUAAGGGAAGGAGCACAUAAAUACUUUAAAUCAUUUAGUAAAAAUUCAACAAUGACAUUUGAUGAAGACAUCAGUUAA